GCGGUGUGUUGUUAGUGUAUAGGAGGCUUGUAAAUGAUUGGGGAUAGCAGGCAGAGGGUUCCAGGCUCCACAGCGGCGGCGGAGGAGGAGGAGGGAUCACAGGAAUUGGCGCACUGCAACCAUGAAGGCCAGCUCCAGUGUUCCGAAAUUCCUCACUAAAAUCUGGGCUCUGGUGGAGGACCACAGGAACGCCGAGUACAUCUGCUGGAGCCAAGAUGGAAACAGCUUCAUUGUGCUGGAUGAAGAAAAAUUCGCUAAAGAAAUCCUGCCCAGACACUUCAAACAUAACAACAUGGCGAGCUUUGUGAGGCAGCUGAACUGGUAUGGCUUUCAUAAAGUAAUGCAGGAUGAGACUGGUUCGACCAGGCAUGAUAAAUACUGUUCAGGCAGAUACCAGCAUCUCUUUUUCAAGCGUGGCCAUGAAGAGCUACUGACAAAGAUAAAACGGAAGGUAACGGCAAGUACGGGAGAUAAGCGGGUGUUCCGGAAGGCUAAGGUGUCUGUUCCACGUAUUGAGAGUAUUGAGGAAGGUAAAACUGGGCCAGAUGACAUGCAGAAAAUAUUAACCUUUCUUCAUCAGCUACAAGCAAGACAAGAUAUCCUUGAUACAGCUGUUGAAUCUCUAAAGAGGGAAAAUGAGGCCUUGUGGAAGGAGGUCCUGCAGUUACGACCCGCACAGCCGCAGUUUGAAACUGUUACAGCUUCGCAGUCUUUUGAACAAAUUGCCACUUUGCAAACAAGCCAGCCACUCAUGAUUGACAGCACCGGAAACUACAACCAGCUGGCUAUGUCCAAAACUCCUCAAAAUGCUGAUCAGGCAUUUGACAACAGGUCAGCAUGGUCCACUGACAGGAAAUCGAGUAGGGGCACCAAACGGUCUAUGAGAGAUGAUCCCGACAGUUCUACAGAGGAGCACAAUAAUGAAAUGUUGAAAAUUUCUAUACCCCAUGACUAUGAAAGUUAUCAGACAGACGAAUCUGAUGAUCUCUCUGACUUAUCCUCGUGUGACAGUGAGGAAAUAGUAAAUGAGGAGUCUGCCUCCAACCACAGCCACUCCUUUAUAAAGACACCUGAUAAAAAACCAGUAACGCGCAAGAGAAUGAAAAACGGCACAGAAAAGCAUAUCGUGGUGACGAAGCAUAGAGUGGAAUAUAGUGACUCUGAGGAGGACGAAGACGUCAAGAAUCACUAUGGGGAAUCUGGCCCCUCAAAGAAGACAGAUAAAACAUGCAGACCUUCAUGUGCCAAAAUGGGACGAACGCUUAAACGAAUACAUCGGGACAAUACUCUGCUGAAUGAGAAGGUGCUAGCUGUAGAGCAACAGUCUUUACAGAAACUUUCAGAAAUCUCGACAGUGUUGACCACUUUAGCCAACUACAUGAUGAACGUACAAAACUCCCAAAGACCUACACGUUCGACAUCUUUGGAUGCGACAAGGAUUCAAUAUAACUCCCAGAGACAUGGACUGUUUUCCGAUGCAACCAAGAAAGAGUACGACUCGUAGCUUCCAUUCUAGACAUAUGUGACUGUACAUGCAUUGGACAGAAUUGCUAAUUCAGUAUGUGUCAUGGUAGGCACUGUGUAAGUCUUUUAGCUGUAUCUAGUAGUAGUGAUUUUAAUCUUGCCAGGGAGCCAGUUUUCGGCAUAUGGAAAGGCAAGAAUUACUUUUAACUGAAGGAGAAUGGAGACUGACAUUACAUGAAUUUAGACAUUAAGAAAGGUUGGUGUCAUCACUUUGGAAGAUGCAGAUGACAGCGCUGAAAUCCUGUUUGUCCUUAAUGUGUGAAAACUUGGGAAGUACAUGAUAGUCCAGAGUGGAGGUGGAAUGCCAAUCUGCAGGAAACUGAAGACCUGUUUUUAACAAAAGCCGAGCAACAGGAAGAAGCCAAAAAGCUUCAUAGAAGCUGGUAACUGGACUGCACUGGCCUUCUAAAGUUCUCGCCCUAUGAGAUCUUCCCGUCUUGGUGUUCAUUGUAAUGUUCUGAUAAUCUAGAUCCUGUCUGGUCCUGAACAUGCAUGAUUAUCAGAGUUUUACUGUAUUCACAUACGUCAAAUCAUACUAUGUCCUAGUGGAUGUUUUACAAUGCUUUCCUACCCAGUAGUAGUUUUAUUUUUAUUUUGUAACUUCUUAGUCCAUUCAAGACUUCUUGGGUUUGCUGCAGAGCUGAGACUUGGAAGAUCGCAUUAGUUGCAUAAUAGAUAAGAGUAUGCACUGGACUAUACGUCUUUGUGAUACGAUUGUUUAUCGCUGCUUAUGUGAUGCAUAUUAUGUAGCUCUUGGUUCUGUGGUUGCUUUCUGGACACUAUGCCCAUAAAAGUGUUUUAUUAUCCAGUUAGUGCU